UUCAUACUACACAAAGAAAAUGACACAUUUAGCCUUUCUUUGGUGGCAGAAAACCUCUCCCACCACCACCGACGCGGCGGCUGCAGUCCCCGGCGCCGCAACCUGUCCAAUGUCGCCGGCAAAAGAUGCAGCAACGAACUCCUCAUCAUGUGGCUUGGUUAAACUCAUCAGGAAGCUGAAGAGGCAAAGCAAGAUGAUGAUGUUGUGCACUCCGGGCAGCCGGCAGCCGGCGUUCCAAUGCCGGUACGAUCCGCUGAGCUAUUCGCUGAACUUCGACGCCGGCGGCGCCCGGAGCCUCGCUGAUGAAGACGACUAUUACUUCAAGUUCUGUGCUUUCUCAUCAAGAUUUGCUGCUAUUCCAACAAAUAUUGGUCGAGUCUCAAUCGGAUCCCAUUCAAAGCAAUUUUGUAUUACUGCAUAUUAAAGUACACUUAUUUAGCCCACACAAAUUUAACUCACUGAUUCAGUAGGUCAGAUAGUAUUUGAGAGAAGAGAUCAAGAUUCGAAACUAAUUGGUCUACUGAGUCAUUGAAUUAUCCUAAUUUACAUAAUCUUAAAUACUUUGUCGGGUCGAGUUGGGGAUUCAAAUUUGUUCAACUAAAAGAAAGAGGAUUGUAUAUGUAUAUGAUAGCAACCACUCUAGAGUUGCAUUUGGAUUUUCAUGUGUUUGAAGCUCCACCGAACCGGAUCCAGACUAUCUUAGCUGUGUAAGUGUGUGGUCACGUUUUGUGUAAUUCCGUCUGAAAUAUUUUUCAUUGUAUACAAAAAG